CGGAUGAAGAGGCAAAGGAUUAAAACUAGUCAUGCGACCAUCAGACUUUUCACCAUGUAUGACUCGAAUUGGAUUGUAACCAGGUCGACUCUUUCCUUUGUUCAGCCCUUUUUGUUGACUUUGCAUUUUGCAUCGUUAUCUUGAGCCUCACUUCAGUUUGUACUCUAUAACUCUUUGACCGACCGCUCAUGAAUCCUCAGGGCGGCUCUCAAAUAAAGUGACGUAUCUCCUAUCUACCAAACCCACAAAACAAGGACACAACAAAGAGCGAGGUGAACUGGGCUUCCAAGUCCCAACGAAUCUUAGAGGCAAACAACUCAAUCGAUAAGGCGGGAGAGCAAAGCGCAUCAACAAGCGUCUUCAUUCAUCAACCAUCGCAUCCUUCCUCACGCUUAAACCCCAACCUGUACCUAUCAAGAGACGGUUGCACAAAACAGUGAGACAGCAUUACACGCGGUCCUACGGACAACAGCAGCCACCAUGGCGCCCCCGACCGAACUCCUCAACCUCGACGUCGAGGCCAUAUCGGGGAUCCUCGGCUCCGUAUCAAUAGCAUGCUGGGUCGUCGUCUUCUCCCCGCAAAUCAUCGAAAACUUCCGCCGCUCAUCCGCCGAUGGACUCUCCAUCCAAUUCAUCAUCAUCUGGUUAACGGGCGAUGUCUUCAACAUCUUGGGGGCCGUAUUGCAAGGGGUCCUGCCGACCAUGCUCAUCUUGGCCAUUUAUUACACCAUUGCCGACGUGGUGCUUUUGGCGCAAUGUUUCUAUUAUCGGGGAUUUACCUGGCGGGAUGAAGUGGUUCCCACCAUUGCCAUUGACUCCGACGACAGUGAAGCUACUUCAGAGCGUGAUAUGGGGAGCAGACGCGGAAAGAACAAGGGUAAGGGGAGGGCUGAUGGUAGUCGGGGGACGUCGAGCGAUGAAGGAAGAAGGGUAGGAGAAGAUUUGGAAUCGGGACCGGAUGAGCGUACCGCUUUGCUGGGAGGAGCAAGAGAAAGAGGAAAUGCAGGCGUGUCAUCCUCAUCCGCGAGCACUAUCACCAGCACUACCUUAACUCCCCACCACCACAACAACGGACAUACCGGUCACGGCCACCACCUCAGAGUCUGCGGCGGCGGCGGCGGCGAUCUCUACCCCUACGACGGUACCGGCGAAGGUCGCGGGUCCAGCUGGUCGCAUCUCUCGCCCGCGGUCCCCCUCGUCGACGACGCCGACCUCGAAGCCGAAAUCCUGCAGCAACCGCGCGGGCGCAACGGCAACAACCGUGCACGACCUGCUGCUGCCGGUCCCACGAAGCUGCAAUCCUUCCUGUUCAACCUCAUGGCCAUCCUCAUGGUUUGCGCAGCCGGCGUCAUGGGUUGGUUUUUGUCUCGGGAGUAUUACCCACAACAACCAUCAUAUGAACCUCCUCCAUCUUCCGAUCCCCAAGACGGCGGCCUCCCCAAAACAGGAGUCGAGUUCUCCUUUUGGGGUCAAAUCUACGGCUACCUCUCCGCCAUCCUUUACCUCGGUUCUCGACUUCCUCAGCUACUUCUCAACUUUCGGCGCAAGUCCACCGAGGGUGUCUCCAUGCUCUUCUUCUUGUUUGCCUGCCUGGGCAACUUGACCUAUGUCUUAUCCAUCUUGGCCUACGACGGAUCGUCGGAAUGCGCUGCUGGCCCGGGCGAUUGCGAGGAUGGAGAGCCAGGACAGAUUUACUGGCGCUAUGUGCUGAUCAACAUGAGUUGGUUGGCGGGCAGCGCGGGGACGUUGUUGUUGGAUGCGGCGAUUUUUAUACAAUUCUUUUUGUAUAGUAACGAGGAGGUUUGGAGUGAUGAUGAGGAUGAUAGUGAGUGGGAUAGUGAAAGUGGGAGUGGGAGUGGGAGUGAUGGGUGUAGUGUGAUUAGUGAGAGGAGUGGAACGGUUAGUGAGGAUGGGCAGGCAGGGGUUGAGCAGGGCCAGGAAAGUGAUGGGAGGGGGUGGGAUAGUGAUGAUGAGAGAAGUAAAUUGGAUGAGGCUGAGGUGAGAGGUAGGAGGAGGAGGGCGGAGAGAGAUGUCGGGGUGAGGGGAGGUGCGUCCGUGGGUGCGGGUGGAAGUGAGAGUGGGAGGUUAUGA